GCAUGCGCCGCGGCGGGUCCCCGUCCGGUUCUAUGGUGCGGGCGGCGGCCGCUGCAUCUACGUGUCGGUACGGGUGGCCGCGCGGCCCUGGGAUAGCCUUCCGAAGAUGCCAAAUGAAGGAAUCCCCCACUCAAGUCGAACUCAGGAGCAAGACUGUUUACAGAGUCAGGAUGUCAGUGAGAGUGAAGAAGCGACAAUCAAGCGGGAAAAUGGUGUCGGUGUGGAGCUGGGGGAGAGCCUCCUGUCUUCUUCUGCUGACGGACCAUCCUGUUCCGCUGAGGGGUGCCCUGCAGAAGUUCAGAGGAGAGGGCCAGCCCUCCUGCACAUUGAUAGACAUCAGAUCCAGGCAGUGGAGCCCAGCUCACAGGCUCUGGAGCUGCAGGGAUUGGGUGUGGACGUCUACGACCAGGACGUGCUGGAGCAAGGUGUGCUUCGGCAGGUGGACAGCGCCAUCCAGGAGGCCAGCCGCACAGCCCAGCUUGCUGACGCGGAGAAGGAGUAUCGAUCAGUCCUGGACGACCUCACGUCAUGUACAACAUCCUUAAGGCAAAUCGAUAAAAUUAUCGAACAACUUAGCCCUCAAGCUGCCACCAACAGAGACAUCAACAGGAAACUUGAUUCUGUAAAACGACAGAAAUACAACAAGGAACAACAGCUGAAGAAGAUCACAGCAAAACGGAAACGUCUCCAGGCCAUCCUUGGAGGAGCAGAGGUACAAGUUGAAAUAGAUCAUGCCAGUCUGGAGGAGGAGGAGGAUGCAGAAGCGGGGCCGUCCUGCCUCGGCAGCAUGCUCAUGCCUGUGCAGGAGGCCGCUUGGGAAGAGCUCGUCCGCACUGGCCAGAUGACACCUUUUGGUACCCAGAUCCCUCAGAAGCAGGAGAAAAAGCCCAGAAAACUGAUGCUCAAUGAAGCGUCAGGCUUUGAAAAGUAUUUGGCAGAUCAAGCAAAACUGUCUUUUGAAAGAAAGAAGCAAGCCUGUAAUAAAAGAGCAGCUAGAAAAGCUCUGGCCUCAGUCACUUCUGAGCCCAGCUCAACACGCAGUGAAAACAAACCAGACAAGAAAGGCAGAGUUCUCUUGAAAAAAGAUAAGCGCUUGGAGAAGCGCAUAAGGAAACUCCAGAAGAAGGCCCUUCAGUUCCAGGGGCAAGUGGGACUGCCAAAGGGAAAGAGACACUUGGAGUAUGACAUGCGGCCCGAGGCAGAGGGAGCCUCUGAGGGUGAAGAGUCGGAGUACUUGCCCUCGGAGGAGGAGCCACAGGAGGCGGCGGGGGCCGACCUGUCCGAGGAUGAAUGGAGGCGGGUGCUCAGUCACCGGAAACGGCAGAAGAAAGUCACGGUGCAGGAUAUUGAUGAUGACUUUUUUCCAAGUUCUGGGGAAGAAGCUGAAGGCACAGGAGUGGGUGGAGGAGGUCGGAAAGUAGCAAGAUGCCGAGACGAUGGAGAUGAAGAUUAUUAUAAACAGCGGUUAAGGAGAUGGAAUAAACUGAGGCUGCAGGACAAAGAGAAGUGUUUGAAGCUUGAAGACGAUUCUGAGGAAAGCGAUGCUGAAUUUGAUGAAGGUUUUAAAAUGCCGGGUUUUCUGUUCAAAAAGCUUUUUAAGUACCAGCAGACAGGUGUUAGGUGGCUGUGGGAAUUGCACUGCCAGCAGGCAGGAGGAAUUCUGGGAGAUGAAAUGGGAUUGGGCAAGACCAUCCAGAUAAUUGCCUUCUUGGCAGGUCUGAGCUACAGCAAGAUCAGGACUCGUGGUUCAAAUUACAGGUUCGAGGGGUUGGGCCCAACUAUAAUCGUUUGUCCGACGACAGUGAUGCAUCAGUGGGUGAAGGAAUUUCACACGUGGUGGCCUCCAUUCAGAGUGGCAAUUCUGCAUGAAACUGGUUCCUUUACCCACAAAAAGGAGAAACUAGUUCGAGAUAUUGCUCAUUGCCAUGGCAUUUUGAUCACUUCUUACUCCUACAUUCGACUGAUGCAAGAUGAUAUUAGCAGGCAUGACUGGCACUACGUGAUCCUGGAUGAAGGACACAAAAUCCGAAAUCCAAAUGCUGCCAUCACCCUUGCUUGCAAACAGUUCCGCACCCCUCAUCGCAUCAUCUUGUCUGGCUCACCGAUGCAGAAUAACCUCCGUGAGCUGUGGUCGCUCUUUGACUUCAUCUUCCCAGGAAAGUUGGGCACGUUGCCCGUGUUCAUGGAGCAGUUCUCAGUCCCCAUCACCAUGGGAGGCUAUUCCAACGCUUCCCCGGUACAGGUUAAAACUGCUUAUAAGUGUGCAUGUGUCCUACGAGACACCAUAAAUCCAUACCUUCUGCGGAGAAUGAAGUCGGAUGUCAAAAUGAGCCUUUCUUUGCCAGAUAAAAAUGAACAGGUCUUAUUUUGCCGUCUUACAGAUGAGCAACAUAAAGUCUACCAAAAUUUCAUUGAUUCCAAAGAAGUUUACAGAAUUCUCAAUGGAGAGAUGCAGAUUUUCUCUGGACUUGUAGCCCUAAGAAAAAUCUGCAACCACCCUGAUCUCUUUUCUGGAGGCCCCAAGAACUUUAAAGGUAUUCCAGGCGAGGAACUAGAGGAAGAUCAGUUUGGAUACUGGAAACGUUCUGGGAAAAUGAUAGUUGUUGAGUCCUUGUUGAAAAUAUGGCACAAGCAGGGCCAACGAGUAUUGCUAUUUUCUCAGUCCAGACAGAUGUUGGACAUACUUGAAGUAUUCCUUAGAGCCCAAAAGUAUUCCUAUCUCAAGAUGGAUGGUACCACUACAAUAGCUUCACGACAACCUCUGAUCACAAGAUACAAUGAGGACGCAUCCAUAUUUGUGUUUCUUCUGACCACUCGGGUGGGUGGCCUAGGAGUCAACCUGACGGGGGCAAACAGAGUCAUCAUCUAUGACCCCGACUGGAACCCAAGCACAGACACACAGGCCCGGGAGCGAGCGUGGAGGAUAGGCCAGAAGAAGCAGGUGACGGUGUACAGGCUUCUCACUGCGGGCACCAUUGAAGAAAAGAUUUACCACCGACAAAUCUUCAAGCAGUUUUUGACAAAUAGAGUGCUAAAAGAUCCAAAACAAAGGCGAUUUUUCAAGUCCAAUGAUCUUUAUGAGCUGUUUACUCUGACCAGUCCUGAUACAUCCCAGAGCACUGAAACAAGUGCUAUUUUUGCAGGGACUGGGUCAGAUGUUCAGACACCCAAACGCCAUUUAAAAAGAAAACUUCACCCCGUCCUUGGAACAGACCAGAACGUUGCAAUGGGCAAAAAGCUCCCUGAUUCGAACGCAUCUGCAAAUGAUGCCACGUCAUCUGAAGAGAAAUCUAUAGCUAUGGGAGCUGAAAUAAAUGCAGCAACUUCUAAUCAAGAGGAUCCUUUGAAAGAUGCCCCUCAGACACCUCGUAGUCCAACCAGCAGUGACAGACUUGGAGGAGAAACAGAUGCGGAGUCCAGACUACAGGAGUCCUCAGGGAUUCGAGGAAAUGGGGAGUGUUCAGACUCUCCAGGAAUCGGUAAAAUGUGCAGGACUCCUGGUGAGGACAGCAUCGAAGAAAAGGAGGGUCUUUCUGAUAAAAGAGAAAGCUGCCAGGUUCAAACAGAACCCCUUUGGGAGAAUGAACAAACGGACACUAGUUUUCAGAAACACAAGUCAAAAACGAAACACCUUGUGACGGAAGAAGAGACCCUGGAGAAACACCUGAGGCCAAAGCAAAAGCCUAAGAACUCCAAGCACCGCAGAGACGCCAAGUUUGAGGGAACCCGAAUUCCACACCUAGUGAAGAAGAGGCAGUACCAGAGGCAAGACAAUGAAAAUGAGAGCGAGGUCAAGGAACGCAGCAAUGACGACUACGUUCUGGAAAAGCUUUUCAAAAAGUCAGUGGGCGUGCACAGCGUCAUGAAGCAUGAUGCCAUCAUGGACGGAGCCAGUCCAGACUACAUGCUGGUGGAGGCGGAGGCCAACCGCGUGGCCCAGGAUGCCCUUAAAGCACUGAGACUCUCGAGGCAGCGGUGUCUGGGAGCGGCGUCUGGUGUUCCCACCUGGACCGGUCACAGGGGGCUUGCUGGUGCCCCAGCAGGAAGAAAGAGUAGAUUUGGUCAGAAAAGGAACUCCAACUUCGCUGUGCAGCAUCCUUCUUCAGCAUCUCCAAAGGAGAAAAGCCAGGACGGCAUUCUGAAAAAGGAUGGAAAAGACAGUGUUUCUGAGCAUUUUAGUGGAAAAGUGGAAGAUGCAGAACUUUCAUCCGGGGCCCUCACUUCCUCCUCACUGUUGGCGAAAAUGAGAGCAAGAAACCACCUCAUUUUGCCAGCGCGCUUAGAAAGUGAGAGUGGGCACGUUCCGGAGGCCUCUGCCCCGCUGCCCUCCAGCACGGAACACGACGAGCUCCUGGUAGAAAUGAGGAACUUCAUUGCCUUUCAGGCCCAAGUCGACGGCCAGGCCGGCACUCGGGAGAUACUGCAGGAGUUCGAACCCAGGUUAUCGGCAUCACAGUCUUGUGUCUUUCGAGAACUGUUGAGAAAUCUGUGCACUUUUCAUAGAACUUCUGGUGGGGAAGGAAUUUGGAAACUCAAGCCAGAAUAUUGCUGAUCAACAUGACUUCCUGAGCUUUUAAUUGACUUUUUCUAGCAGAGAUUUCUGGUUAUUAAUCUAACAAUUAAUAAUCAUAUGUUUUGUCAAUGAAAGUGGACUGCAUUUGAUGUUUACUUUGAAUGAUAACUACCUCAUACUUUAAACUUUAAGGACGAAGAAAUUCUUCUCUGAAACUUAAGUUUUAAAAAAAUACCUGGAUUUUUUUUUUUCCCAAAAUGAAUUAUGUUAUAACAGGGACCUAACCAUUAAUCCUUGGAAUAUGUAUUUAUUCUUUUACCCAGAAGUUGCUUCAGGGAACACAUUAUUACUCAUUUAGAAGUUUAUAGAGCAGAACUCCUCAAGAAUUCCUCCUUUUUAUUUUUGCCUGCAUCCAUGACAUAUGGAAGUUCCCAGGCCACGGAUCAAAUCUGAGCUGCAGCUGCGUCAUACGUUGUAGCCACGGCAACACCAGUUGCUCAACCUGUGGUGCCACAGUGGGAACUCCCAAGAAUUCUUUUUGGUGCUAAAAACAUGUCUUAUAUUCAGUUAGACCUGUCUAGUAAGUCAGUUCAUCAGUAUGUGAUUACAGUUCUGUUUUUAGUACCUAGCUUUAAAUGUUUAAAUUGAUCAUUGAUCACUCAAGAAGAGACCAGAUUUGUUACCUUUUGAAUCAUAUUAGUUGCCUUUAAACGACCUUCCGUUUAAGGUGCUCAUAAAUUGACAGGUAUUUUUAUUGGUAAAGCAUGGAAUAGCUUGGUAAUAAAUGAUGAGACAUGUCUUUGCAGAAAGUUAUAGUUUCCUCAGUGGCUUUAAACAAAGGGUACUUCUCCUCACACCUCUCACCCCCUUGUGUGACUGUUUGUUUUAGGAAAAUGAAAUGUAUUAUCUUAUUAGAAAAAAAAAAAAACCCAAGCAGAACCAAAAGUAAGUAUAAAUAAAACUACCAACACAGGCACAUGCUCACAAACAUCACUCCAGACCACACCAGGAUCUACUGUCAUCCCCCCAUUCUACCCUCCACCUUCCAGACCGCUCUGCUUACAUGCUGGGAGGGAACCUUGAACAUACUAAAUGUUACUCAUUACCUGCCUUUCUCAGGAUUCUAGUAACUUAGAAUCAGGCAUCAUUGUUUUCCUUCUGUCCAGUCGUUUUCAUCUCUCUUUCCCCUUUGCAUUCACCAUUGACUCUCCUGUUUUAGAGGUUUGGUUUUCAGCUGCACCUGUUCUGUUUCUGGCUGUUGUUAACGUGUUUAGAGUUUGGUGCUGGUGUUGUCUUGGUCCACAGUUUGUUUUCUUAGCCUUGUUUUCCUUCCCUUCUCAUUGUUAUUUUAUCAUGUCAGCUCUGAAGCCUUGUUUUCUUAAAUUCAUUGGAUUUCUUAAAUUCUUUGGAUUCCUUAAAUGUCUUCUAGAGCUAUCACAGUGCAGUUUGUUUCUUGGAUUUGUUUCCUCAGGCGUGCUGUUUCCCACAUUUUUCUGUAUCAUGCUUGCCUUCCUCCCAUGCCAUUUCUUCGUAUCUUACUCAGCUGAGAGUGGGCAGCUGGGUCCAGGUCUCCUGUAUGCUCUUCCCUGCCAUCCAGAGAGAAGGGGUCGGGGAGAGCUGCUGCUGGGCAGCUUGUGGUUGGAGGACUUGGGUUUUACUUUUCUAUUCUGAGAUUUUGUUCAAUAGCUUGGGCUGUGAAUCCCUCCCCUUUGACAGGAGAUGUCAUAAUCAGUCAUAAUUCUUACUGGGAUUUUUUACCUUUCUUUUUUGGAUUCUGGCUUGUUCAUUUUAUUCAGUUUUUAGAACAAUUCAUUAUUAGAGGAGGAAGAUUUCUAUUGUUUUCUUCAUCCUGCUGUUAUUAUCUAGAAAUAAUAGAAGAGACUUCUAAACAGGUCAUCAGUACAUCCUAAACUUGACAACUUGGCUCAGAAGGGAGUCAAAACGCAUGACUUUUGUUCCUGGGAAGUUUUUUUGUUUUUUUGUUUUUAGGGCUGCACCCACAGCAUAUGGAUGUUCCCA